AUGAGUGAUUCAGACGAUCUGGAUGUUGCUGCCCUCAUAACCGACGACGUCGACAUCGAUCUGUGUAAUAAGUGCCACAUCUGCAAAUUCAAGAUUGAGUCCUGGGAUUCUCCGGGAUUUUCCCGAGUUCCCCCCGGACACUAUGGCGUGAGUGAUGCAGAUCAACUGGUCGAUCUUUACAGUCGCGACAAGGACUUUCGCUGGGGUGUUAUGCGGAUGAUCGUCUUGGACAAGAGAACGGGUGAUUGUCGAAUCUCGGGCGUGAGUCUGAUACAUCAGGAUCUCUCUCUCACCGUCCCGCUGGACCAGGACGACGGGAUUUUGGAUCCCGUGGGAACAGAGGAAGAUAAUCGAGUGUUCAAGGGCGACUACGUGAGCCCUUGGCGCUAA